UUGCGGCUGUUUGAUUUUGUGAAGCUAUAAAUUGGGAACAAGUAGUUGCAAAAGCAAGAGUCCCAAAUAAAAGAGAGGGAAAGGGAAGCGAGGACCCGACUGGUGCUAUGCUGCGUUCUAGCGAAGGCAAUCCCUUCCCUUCUUUCCCAUGAACUAUUAGUUAUAGAAGGGCAGAGAAGAAAAGAAAAGACAUAUGAGAAAGAAAAAGAGAAAAGAGCCGGGAAAGGUGGUGCUCUUUUGAACUACCCAAUCACGGGACAUCCUUGACACCCUUUAAAUUCUUCAUUUCUCCACCCCGCAGCAGGAAAAGAUAAUAAAAGGAUAAAGAGAAGCACAGCUGCAAUUUGUACUCUCUCUACGACGCCUCUGUGCCUUUACAUGAAUGGAUAUUAUAUGGAAUCCACUCACCGUUUUGGUUCUUCUAAAGACCAAAUAUCCUAAAUAGAGGGUAGAAGAAGCAGCUACUUGAAGAAAUGGUGUCCCUUUCCCUCCACAACAGCCACUUCUUUAAAAGCUCGUAUGCUUCGUCUUCUUCUUCUUCUUCUUCAAUACCAUCCAUGUCAUACUAACCUGUUAUAGCUGAAACUUUAUAAAAUCCCAGAAGACAAGACUCUGCAAUGAGUUCUUAACGUUCUAGUGUAUAAUAUCCCGAAGGUUAUUGCUUUAUAUGCUUCUGGGGAUCAAAGAUUCCCCUCCACCAUAAGUUUUCUUUGGAUUCUUUUCCGAACUAUGGUCCAUCUCCCUCCUCCCAUGUCAAUGGUCUCAGAAUCUUAGAAUACCGAACCUUAUACCUUCCCCUCUGUUGCAAGUGUUCUCUAGAUACUCCGGUUCUAUAUAUAUUCUUUGGAAACCAAUAUCAAUCACCCUUUCUCCCAUUCAGAAAAAAGCCAUGUCUUUCAAGCCGCCUUCAAUCAACUUUGUUUUCCUCCUCCGUCAUCUUCCUAGAAGGAUGCAGUUGCAAUCCUUCAGUUGCCUCAGCCUCGGCUUCUUUUUCAGCUAGUUAUUGAAAACCCGGUUCUCCUCGCCGGAUUCUUCUGUUUCAUAAAUGGCUUCCUGUUUCUGGGCCUUGAGGCUGGGAAAGAAGAACAGAGCCAGUUCAGUCUCAUUACCUCCUUCUCCUCCUCCUUCCCUGCCUUGCUCUUCUUUUCCUUCUUCCUCUCAGCUGCCCAAGAAGAACCACUUGCCUACAGAGAUGGAGGUCAUGGAGAAGAAAAGAUGGGACAGCUUGGAGUCGUGGUCGAUGCUGUUGGAACCCGGCACCGAGAAUUCAGAGGGAAGUGGAGGAGAACGAGAGGAGUGGAUGGCGGAUCUUUCCCAGCUCUUCAUUGGAAAUAAGUUUGCUUCGGGGUCGCACAGUAGGAUAUACCGAGGAAUUUAUAAGCAGAGGGCAGUUGCGGUGAAGAUGGUGAGGAUCCCAGAGCAGGACGAGGAGAGAAGAGCAAUGCUUGAGAAGCAGUUCAAUUCUGAAGUUGCCUUCCUUUCCCGCCUUUAUCAUCCCAACAUAGUGCAGUUUAUAGCAGCCUCCAAAAAGCCUCCUGUGUACUGUAUAAUUACAGAAUAUAUGUCUCAAGGAACUCUGAGGAUGUAUCUUCACAAGAAACAGCCAUAUUCUCUGUCGACCGAGACAAUUUUAAGGUUAGCCCUUGAUAUUUCUCGAGGAAUGCAAUACCUUCAUUCACAAGGUGUGAUUCACAGAGACCUGAAAUCUCAUAAUUUGCUACUUAAUGAUGAAAUGCGAGUUAAGGUUGCUGACUUUGGAACCUCAUGCUUGGAAACUCAGUGCCGAGCAUCCAAAGGUAAUAUGGGAACUUACCGUUGGAUGGCUCCAGAAAUGGUCAAGGAAAAACCAUACACUAGAAAGGUUGAUGUGUACAGUUUUGGAAUCGUCUUGUGGGAAUUGACAACCGCUCUUGUUCCAUUCCAAGGAAUGACACCUGUGCAGGCCGCAUAUGCUGCUUCAGAGAAGAACAUGCGGCCACCUUUAUCGACUACUUGUUCACCUGUCCUCAACAAUCUUAUAAAGAGAUGCUGGUCCGUGAAUCCAGCGAAGCGACCAGAUUUCAGUUAUAUUGUUUCAGUGUUGGAGAAAUAUGAUGAAUGCGUUAGGGAAGGCCUCCCCAUCCUUGUACAUCAAGAGCUGAGAAUUGGGAAUUCACUUGUCGAGCUCUUCAAGGGCUGUAUCACAACAAGAUCAUCAACACCUGUGCCUGCAUGAACCUGAAGUGGCAUAUAAAUUGGUCAUCUUUCUUGUAUAACUUCAAUAAUUUAUAAAGGUAGUGUCUUGCAUAUGUAUAUUUUUUGGUUUUUCUGGCCUAAUUGAAUGCGGAGUGUUGUAAUAAUGACAUAACCAGGCACAUAGUAAUGUUUAUUUUUUACCAAUCAGACAAUUACAAAAUUUUAUUGGUAAAAGUAGU